AUGAAUAAUGUACAUGUUUGUCGUACGCGUAAUCGCAACGAACCAAAAAUGUUCUCGCCAGUAAACUUUUCCAUAACCAAUUAUUCCACGGACGCCCAAUCGAAAGCAAUGAAAAACCCUUUGGGAGACACACUAUUUUUUAACAGUAUUAAUAAUUUGCACUUAAUUCCGGACCCGUUGAAAAAGAAUUUGGCUGAUUCAGUCAUAACAGGGACAAUGGAACAAAGGAAAGAGCGUGAUAAGUUCGAGAAACCCCCACCAACCUCUGAAUCUGGAGCGUUAGGUUCUCUAGGUGGCAUUACCAACUUUUUUUCUGGUGUGUUCAAUGUCAUGACUGCUAUGUUUCAAAAAAGGGCUUCUUCACCCACCACCCAAUAUUAUGAUUGUUUCGACACUGUUGAUGACGGACAAAUGACACCGUCUCUACCUUGGCAGCCAGCCAAGUUUGAGGUUCAAAAUAGGAAUUCGACUCCUAAUUCCAAUGAUAUGGAUAAUAUGACUGUAAUCACUAAUUGCAAGGAUAAAAUAAACAAAGUACACUUAGUCCUCAAUGGAAACAUUCAAAAGUGUCCUGCAACAAUGUAUGUUGAGCCUAAAUCCGUAGAAGACUCAUUUGAAGAUGCAUUUUGCCCAGAAAACAUUGUUCAGUCAGCAAAUGAUACGGUAAUACAAUGUUACACUGCAUAUAAUCAACAUCAGCAAGAAUUACUUGAAGUAGAAGCCCCAGUUAUUAAGACUGAGUUUUGUAAUGAAUCUAUGGAUAUUGUUAAGAUUUUACCCGAAACUGAUAGAAAACAACCAGAUAUGGAUAGGACUGAAAAAGAUUUAAAUACAGUUACUUGCAAUUCAAAAGAAAGAGAAAUUGUAUCCACUUGUGAAGAUAAGUUAAAUAAAUUAAAAGAACUCUUGCAUUGUAAACAUAAACAAAAUCUAAACUCAGUUCAAGAAACAACAGCUAUACCCAUUAAGGGAGUAAUAUCAUCUUCAUUUGGCAAUGAAAUUGAUGCACCUCGAGAAACAAAAAAUAGUUUUGAUGAGGUAAAUGGCAGAUUUUACUCUUCAUCUGUAGACAGUGAUGAUUCGUUUCAAAUUGUAUUCACAGAUCGGAAAAGAAUACCAUCUGAUUGUGAGUCGGAAGAUUCCUUUAUUGUGUUUGAUGAGUCACCAGAUUGUUACACAAAUAUUGAUGUGUUUGGUUCAGAUUCAGAAUCUGAAACAGAAGAUUCAGGUUAUGUUAUGACAUGCCUAAAUCAUUCACUAUCAAGGACUUUUGGAGAUUUAACCGAUGAUAGCUUAUAUGGAAAUGACGUUGUUGACUGUGCUGUACAGCCAGGUCAUGCAGUUGAACCAGAGAAGAUAAAUAUGUCAGAUACCACUCAAAGCAAAAUACUAACAGAGGACAAGAAUCAAAAGCCAUUUAAAAAGGUCCGUUUCUCUACCGACCCACCAAAGGUCCAUGUUAUGAGGGUGUGGGCUUUUGCAGCUCGACAAGCGAGAGCUGGUCACUGGGAAAGACACGCCCUGGACCGGGAUCGAUUUAGACGAAGAAUCGCGGACGUAGAAAUGGGUAUAUCCUGGGUUCUGAAGCCGCAACACCGAACUCGUGUGAUGUUCCAACGCUUUAUGCCUUGGUGGAAUGCUGAAAAGCGAAGAGAAUUAGAGGAAAGAAAAGCUCUUGAAAGCGAAAAAGAAUAUUUAGAAAAGGAGACAGAAAAUAAUAAAGAAAACGUAGCAAUCACAGAUUUUGGUUUAAACGAGAACGAAAAUGCAGGUGAUAUAAAUGAUAAUAUUUCAUUAAAAGAAAAUACAGAUUGUGGUGACAAUAUAUUAUUAAAUAAUAUGAGUGAUAAUGGACUACAGAAUGAUGAAUUACAUACAUUCAACAGCUUAGAUUGCAAAGAUUGUGAUCAAGAAGUCGAAAAUUUUAGUAAAAGCAAUAUGGAGAUGUUAAAACCAAUAAUUGAAGCCGGCCACAAUAGAGAAAAAUGCAAUGAUAUUCAAGAUGGACAGAAAUGUACAGAUAAAGAAGAUAAGGUUAUACAUAUAAAUAAAUUUAUUAAAGAAAACGAAUUUCAAAAAAGGGUAGUAAAUGUUACGGGAAAUACAGAUAAUGGCCUUGAUUCUGAUAUUAAAGUGGAUGACACAUGA